CAAUGAAUCCUGGGAAAACUUUAAUCUCCGCCCCCUCUGCAACAUUUCAAGAUGGCCGUCCGUCUGUGGAAGUAGACCGGUUUGUUUUCCUCCUCUUCCGCCCGACUUUCGCUGUGUUCCCUCACUGUUAGCUGUCGCGAUCGGCCAGUCGGUGAGUUUCCAACAUCUAUGGAUGUCGUAGAAUGCAAGGGACAUGAAGAAUUUACCCAGGGGAGAAGGUAAGGGAGGCUGUAGGGUGGUGGAAAACGGCCCAGUCCGCUCGGUGCAAAGGCCGUCUGGGGCAGAUUUUGCCAUCAUGUCGGCGGAGGAAAUACAGAAGCGGAAGAGCAGUAUUGAGCGGGACCAGGUUGUUUUGGUGGCAGAGAUUGCCCGGAUUGACGACCCGAUCGAAGGCGAGGUCUUGAAAGCUUCCAAAGUGCCAAAUUUGGAGGAAAUUUUACGAGAUGGUACAGAGGGAGGAGAAGCGACGGACGGUACCAAGUGUGGAAACGGGGGUGGCGUGCGAGAUGUGAAUAGGACAGAUCAAAACACAGCGGACAUCACGUCGUCUUGCUUUGAGGAGAUCGACUUGGAAGGGCAGGAAGGAUGCCAAGACUGUUCUCAAGAAUCCAAUAACUCAAAACAAAUCAGACCUCCUGGUGCUAGCCGUGGAACCAGUACAAUUUCUGAACCAAAUAUGGGGAGGGCUGAUUUGAAUGGAAGUCCUGAGGGUCACGCGUCUAAUACAAGUUUCACCGAUGGGAAGACACUGAUAUUGAAGACUUCGCAACAAGGCCAAGACACUUCUCCGGAGAGCAUAACAAAUGGCUGCACGCUUGGUAAUGCAAAGAACGGCAUCUAUGGAAGUCGGCCGCGUAACGACAGCGAAAGUAGCACUGGAGUUGCACACCCAGAUUCGCAGGAAUACCCCGCACCUGUGUUGGAGGUCACGUGUGAGGAAGCCUUCGUGGCGACCGUUUCUCGUGACAGAAGGGUGUCCAGGACUUCGCUGGACACAAAGUCAGAAGAUCUCGCAUUAGAAGGCGAUCGUUUGGACCAUGUAGAACCAGAAAUCCGUCGAAAGUCAGCCACAAUCCCCAGGACUAGCACUGACACAUCUUUAGCGCAAAGCGAUGCACAGUCCUUCACGAGUAUAUCCAGUCUAAGCACAGAACUGUCAACAAGUGCAUCGAUAAGCGACACCUCCCGUAGUAGUUCGUUAGUGGUAGACACAGAAGACGCAGGUUUUACAGACAUAAGCUUGCAAGGAAAGACGAUAUUUCACGAACGGAAGAGCUCGAUCAGCAGCACAGGAAGCAGCUGUUUAGAUGACAGUACUGCAGUGGUUCAAGGAGCAAAACCCAAGAGGCGUGGUCUGGGGAUGUUCCUCUCAAAAAACCUUUUCUCAAGAAAGUCCAGUGGCAAAACGUCCAGCGAACCCUCUCUGGGCUGGAGACUGUUCCGGUCCAAACAGGCGGCCCAUAAAGAGGCCAGUAAGGCAGCAGCUCAGCAGGAUGCCAGGAGCAAGUCAGCGUCUCCGAGCCCUAAAUCAACAGUUAGAAGAAAAAGCACAGACUUCAUCGUGGGGUCAACAACAGCACUAAUCCUGGAAAACAGACCAACGAACCUGCCUCCCAAGUCUGCUGAGGAGGAACAGAAACACAGGGAGCAGUAUGAGGCCAUGGUGGAGGAGGCCAAGAGGAGAGAAAAAAAGGACAUCAAGCAGAAGAUGAUGCAACUGCAGCAACAAAUCAAACACGAGGACACGGUGGCAUCAGCCAUGGAGGUGUGGAACAGUGAGAUUCUCAACAACUGGGACAUCAUGAAACACUCCAGGAAAGCCCAGGAGCUGUGGUGGCAAGGCUUGCCUCCCUCCAUACGGGGGAAGGUCUGGAAACUGGCCAUUGGAAAUGACCUCAACAUUACUUAUGAGUUGUACGAGAUCUUCCGAGCACGUGCCAAGGAUAGAAUCAAGCUGCUGUGUGAGUCAGGACCAGAGUCAGAUGAAGACCCAUCUCCUGCAGACUGGGACAGGGAGUCGAGUGUGGAGCUGAUUAAGUUGGACAUCAGCAGAACCUUCCCUCAUCUCUGUAUCUUCCAGAAGGAAGAAAUAGUGGACAAAGGCACUGUCGUGAAAAUGGGCGGGCCGUACCAUGACAUGCUGCAUGGGGUCCUGGGGGCGUACGUGUGUUACCGGCCUGACGUGGGAUAUGUCCAGGGAAUGUCCUUCCUGGCAGCAGUUCUGAUCCUGAAUAUGGAGCCAGCUGACGCCUUCGUGUGUUUUGCUAACCUCCUGAACAAACCAUGUCAGCUGGCCUUCUUCAGAGUGGACAGUGGGCAGAUGAAGAUAUACUUCGACACCUAUGAGGUGUUUUUUGAGGAGAACCUGCCGAAAUUGUAUGCACUGUUCCAGAAGUGGAAGGUGACCCCUGACCUCUACCUCAUAGACUGGAUCUUCACACUUUAUAGCAAGUCUCUCCCGCUGGAUGUGGCCAGCCGAGUGUGGGACGUGUUCUGUCGGGAUGGAGAGGAGUUCCUGUUUAGAACAGCUUUAGGCAUUUUGCUUCACUAUGAGGACAUUCUGGUGAACAUGGACUUUAUCCAGAUCGUGCAGUUCCUCACCAAGCUGCCAGAGGUCAUCGCUGAUGACAAACUGUUCCAGUCCAUUGCAGCCAUCAACAUGCAGGCCAAGAACAAGAAAUUCAAAGAGGUCCUGUCGUCAGUAAAGGAGGGUGUAGCAUCCCAGAAUGCAGACAGAGAAAAGGGGGAAUAAGGUGGAAACCAACUUUUGAUAAGCCACCUGUCCACCCCUAGUACCGAGUGGCAUUGAAACCCUUUGAAAUUCUGUUGCCAGUUUUCCCUUGUAGAGUUUCUUUGCUUCCAGACAAAUAAGUUAAGACUGGCUUUUGUCAAAUAGCGCUCCUUGUUUUGCUACAGCUGAGUUUGUAGUAGCAACUGAUUUCAUAGUCUCCAUUUCUCCUGAAGUACCACAGAGAAAUUGGUGCGCUUUUCGACCCUUAACACUUAAGUUCAUGAUUUGUUUAUAUGUUAACUUUUGAUGUGAGAAAACAGAAAAUAUGUUCAUUCCCUUACCAGCAAUGCUGCUUUCCUUCUGUUUAACAAAUUUAUAAAUUAACUUGUGGAAAUAAAGGAAACCUAGAAGAAAUGUAUACCCUUUAAAGCCAUUCCCAUUGUAAAAUAUAUUCAUCAUUUUAUUUAGUAGCUAACAUUUGUCUUGCCAGGCUAAAGAAUGUGGCACUAAAUUCCCCCAUCUUUCUUGCAAAGUAUUAUGUAGGUUUAACUUUUUUCCUCAUAGUAAUUUUAGGAUCUUUGAUAAAUGUAAGUUGAAUGCAAAUUAUGAAACUGCCAGCAAAUAUUUUUUGUGACUGUGCAUAUUGUACAUGUACAUAAGACUGACCCUGUUGAAAAGCGAUCCUGUCCUGAUGUAUCCAAGAUGGCAUGUAGAUAUGUAAAUUCCACCCAUUUAUUCAUGAUGCGAUUUUUGUCAUUAAUUUGUAAAGUAUCAGUCCAACUUUGUGAGCAACUGUGGAAGACAUUUUAAUCCUGAUUCAGUUUAUAAAGUAAGACGACUUGUAAAUAUGAAGAAAUUUAGGUUAUUUGCCCAGCCAAAUGUAUACAUGUGUAAGCAACAUGACAAUGCAAUUUGUCCAAAUUGAACUUGAAUACCAGCUCUAGUUCAGGUCAGUGAUAUAUUUGAAGGGGUGUAAGCUUCUAUCAACUUUUAAGCUUGUGUACCCUUCAGAAUUUUUAAGGUUAAAUAUAUGUCAUUUAGAAAAAUAAUGUGAGCUUUUUUUACACAGUUCUGCUUAAAGUUGGGGGAAAGAAAUAUCAUUCAUACAAACUUACCAAGUUUUGGUUUCUUGUAUUGUUUCCUCUGAAUGUUGGCUCUGAAAAUUGGCUUUCUUUUGGCAUGAGUUGUAUGGCUUUUGCAAAUUUCAUCCCGUAAACAAUUUUAGUCUGAUUUUCAUAGCAUUUGGCUGGAAAGUUGUCAAACAAAUUGGUUAGGUUUGCAUGUUUCCUUAAUUUUUUUUUCAUUUUAGGCCAGACCUCUUCUGAAAGAUGUACCUUAGUUACAAGAACAUGUACACACAUAUGUUAUGUGACUUACCAAUUGUUGAGUUAAUCUUAAUGUAUUCCCUGCUGCUCUUUUGUGAAAACACCAUCAUGAAAUAUCACUUUUCAUCAGCCAAGUUUGUUUGACUCAAAUGUAAUAUGUAUCAACUGAGAGUUCUAAAAUUGUUGAAUUUGAUUGAAGCAACUGUAAUACAUAUACACGUGUAAACACUUGUAACAUGAUUAUACACAUACAUCUCUU